AGUAAAAUGUUUAACAAAUUGUUUACAAAUGAAUGUAUUGUUUUGAUUGAUAUUUAAUUGAAUGUCAAAUAUGUCAACAAAUAAGCAAAAUGUCAAAAUCAGUAUCGGAUCCAUAGUUUGUUGUGAAGAGACGACACUAUUGGGUGAUAUAACGAUCGGUGCAAAGACUGUGAUUCAUCCGACGGCAGUCAUAGAUGCGACCAAAGGUCCCGUUGUUAUCGGCGAAUCCAAUCUGAUUGAGGAAAGAGUUCAUAUCAUUAACACAUGCACUCAACCGCUGAUCAUUGGUUCCCAUAAUGUGUUUGAAGUGGGAUCUCAUUGUCAGUCACAACAUGUCGGUGACCACAACGUACUCGAGUCCAAGUGUCGCGUCGGAUCAAAAACAUUACUGUCUAAUGGCUGUGUCAUCGGUGCCAUGUGUUGUGUCGAUUGCGACCAAUUAUUACCAGAAAAUACUGUCAUUUUCGGCACCGAUUGUAGACGUCGGACACAAAAUGAAAAGCCCACUCAACAGACCUAUCAGUUGGACUUCUUAAGUAAAAUACUUCCUAAUUAUCAACGAAUUGAAAAACCAAACUUUAAAUCAAACACUCAGACAAACACUGCAAUGACGACCAGUACUUCAUCGACGGCUUCACUGUCACCGCAUUAAUAAUCAAUU